ACCAAGUGCUCUCCAGAUAACACUCCGAUAACAGCCAGAACAUCGAUUUUUGCCAGAUCACCAUCCGCUCUCCAGUCCUCCCCCAGCCCCAAUCCCCCUUUUUCGAAAACUCCGGAACUCCGGGAGCGCGUUCCGGAAACAAACCCGCGACCUGUCAAUUUCCGCAUCUGUCAUUCAAACGUCAAAACUGUCACUCCGUCGUGCUGCGUUUUUCAGCCGUUUCAGGACAACUCCCCGAGGAAAUGUAACCGAGACUCCUCCAGGAGCCACUAUGCCGGCAGUGAUCCGUGCCCAGCAAUGCCGCUCGGAUUCCGCAGACCUAACCUCAAAAGGAUGUUAGUGCCCCCUUGACCAUGAUGGAAUACGAAUAUGCGUCGUUUCGCAGAGAGAUUGACUUUCACAACCGAUGCUGCGGCGGCAUGCUUUGGUGUAUACGCGAUAUUUGCGGCAUUAUUUGUGCAAUCUUAACGUGGUUACUUAUUUUGUAUGCUGAGUUCGUAGUUAUGUCGGUUAUACUCAUUCCAAGCCCGUAUCCUUUUUACAGCGUAAUCAAUAGCGUUAUUUUUCAAUGCUGCGCUUUCUUGGCGUUUUCGUCGCAUUUAAAGACUAUGUUCACGGACCCGGGAGCUGUGCCAAAGGGGAACGCCACCAAGGAGAUGAUCAAGCAGAUGGGCUACAGGGAGGGCCAGGUGAUAUUCAAGUGCCCAAAAUGCUGCAGUAUUAAGCCGGACCGGGCCCAUCAUUGCUCGGUCUGCCAACGUUGCAUAAGAAAAAUGGACCACCAUUGCCCAUGGGUGAACAAUUGCGUUGGUGAAAACAAUCAAAAAUAUUUCGUACUAUUUACUUUUUAUAUCGCCGUUUUAUCGCUACAUUCGCUCUUCUUAGCUAUCAAUCAAUUCCUCAUGUGCAUCCGGCACGAAUGGAAGGAAUGUACAACUUAUUCGCCCCCGGCGACCGUGGUUUUCCUGCUCUUUCUCAUCUUCGAGGCGCUUCUGUUCGCCAUUUUUACGGCUGUCAUGUUGGGAACCCAGGUCCAGGCGAUUUGGAACGACGAAACUGGGAUCGAGCAGUUGAAGAAGGAGCAAGCGCGCUGGGUGAAGAAGUCGAGGUGGAAAAGCAUCCAAGCCGUCUUCGGCAGGUUUUCCAUCUUCUGGUUCUCGCCCUUCGCCAAACCUGCUCCCAAAUACAAAAACGAGAUCGAUUUGUAUUCAGUAUAAUUUAUUGACUGUUUUGUACGAUUUUUAAAGUCUUUACUAAGUUGUCACUUGUAAUAAUUUAUAUGUAAUGUUUUCCAUGCACUCUUACUACUUAAUAAAGUAAAAUCGGCAA